AUGACGGUCAACAAUGCGGUGUAUCAGCCUCCAGAGGCACUAGUUCCUCAACAGGGAGUUUCUAUCGAACGAGUAGAGGCAAUGAUACUCAAAGAUAUGGAACUGGACAUCCCUCCAACCCGAGAUCUAGGCAGAUUCCAAAAACGAUGUUUAUCGAUUAUCGCCCAUCUUUGGAAUGCCCCAUCAGACGAAAACUACUUCGGUACUGGCGUUACAGGAUCAUCGGAAGCAGUCAUGCUCGGUGGACUAGUAAUGAAACGAAGAUGGCAACUCAAAAACGCGGCCCGGCCCGGCGCUCCCAUGAACGUGGUUAUGGGUAGCAACUCUCACGUAUGCAUCACUAGAUUCGCCGAAUUCUUCGGCGUAGAAGCCAGAGUUAUCCCGGUGGAUCAACAAUAUACCCUUGAUGCGAAAGUACUCGAGGAAUACCUUGAUCAAAACACUAUUGGCGUGUUCCUUACGCUAGGAAGUACGUACUCUGGACACUUUGAUCCGGUCGCAAGAGUCUCGAACAUCCUCGAUAUCUACCAGCAUGAAACGGGAUAUGAUAUUCCUAUUCACGUUGAUGCUGCUGGUGGUGGCUUUGUCGCGCCAUUCACGCUUAACAAUGAGAAAUUUGUAUGGGACUUUCGUCUUCCAAGGGUGAAAUCUAUCAAUGCUUCAGGUCACAAAUAUGGCUUGUGUCCCUUGGCAAUUGGAUGGGUUAUCUGGCAAGACAGAUCAAUUAUUCCGCCGGAUCUUAUCCACGAGUCGUGCUAUUUGCGAGGCAUUCAGACGGCUUUCUCGCUUAGCUUCUCGAUGUCCAGUACGCCGAUCGUGUAUCAGUACUGCAACUUUCUUCAGAAGGGUCUGAACGGGUAUCGACAGACAAUCCAAAGCUGUCUGGAGAAUGCACGCAUCGUGAGUGAAGGGCUCGAGUCAUCGGGCUACUUCCGUUGUUUGAGUGAUAUCCAUCGUUUGCAGGCUGGAUCCAAACUGCAAGUUGGCAGUCGCUCUCUUUGCGAGGAGGAGAUGAUAUCAGGACUUCCGGUUGUUGUCUUUCGACUUUCUGAUGGCUUCAAGCGGGAGUAUCCUUCGUUUUGUCUUACGGAUAUCAGUGAUAUCAUGCAUCAGCAGCGAUAUUCUAUUCCCUAUUAUACGAUUCCCGGAUGGGGGCCUGACGGUGAGGAUAUCGAAGUCAUGAGAAUUGUUGUACGAGAGGACUUUACUUCUAAGACAGCGAAGGAGGUUUUGACGGGCAUUUGUGGAGCGGUUAAAAACAUUUUGGAUCAAUAG